GUAUCUAAAAGAUUUUCAAAAAGCCUUAUAUUGGUAUGAACGUGCUUUAAAAAACCUCUUAAUAUCAAUGGUAUUAAUACAAGAAUGUAAUUCUUUGAUUAAUGAUAUAUAUCAAAGUUAUGAUUCUUCUUUAUUAACAGUCAUUAAAAAUGAAUUAUUAAUAUUUGAUCAUUCGAAUGGAGAGUUUUAA